AUUUCAGGCAUUUCCUGUUUUUUUUGUUUGUGGCUGUUUCACUUUGGGCUGAGCUGCAAGCCACAGCAGCAGUUUGGUGGACGCUCCACAUCUCUCAGUCUUUACUUGCGGCUCCCAACACACUUUUUUUUCUUCCCAUGAAGAGAAUCAAGAGGAUAAUUGCACAAGAACAUAUCAUAACCAGUAUGAUGGUCGCAGUCGUCCUCCUGAUUGUUUGUCUGUCAGUGAUGCAGUCCCUCGCUUUCCCAGACAUAUCAGCUGUAGUGGGUGGACCCGUGACUCUUCCAUGUACCUGCUCUCUUGAAAAGAUUACUUGGACCAUCUCCCAUCCCAUUCAAGCCUCCAUUGCUGAAUGUCACCAUGGGGUAUGUGAGAUCAAAUCAGCCUUUCAGAAAAGAUUUUCAUUCUUGGGCAAUACCAGCAGUGGAAAUUUCUCCAUAAGCAUCAAUUCAACACUCUACAACGAUCUUGGCUUAUACCGCUGCACCUGUAAUGGAGAAUGCGUUAGUGAAGGAAAACUACAAGUUUAUGACCCUAGGAUUGUGAAGGCUACUGAAUGGUCCAACGCCACCCUCCCGUGCUACGGAGACACUCGGCUUGAUGCCAAAGAUGUACAGUGGAAGAAAGAAGGGAAAGAAUUGCUGGAGUACAUUUAUGCAAAGCCCAAUGAAGCCUCAGCAGGCAGAUUUUCAGUGUCACAACAAGGCUUUCAGGAUGGAGAUCUCUCACUCCACAUCAGUUCAGUUAACCUGUCUGAUGCUGGAUUUUACCGGUGUAUCUUUCAUGGUGAAUCUCGUGAGGGAGACCCACGUGCUGUUGUGCUGGAGGUGGAAAAACGCCAACCGGAGCACCAACCACCCACAUCUGACAGCCACAAACCGGAGCACCAACCACCCACAUCUUACAGCUACCAACAAUGUCUAGGCUUAGGGUUAGGAUUAGGACUUGGACUAGGACUAGGACUACCACUACUACUGUCCUUUGCUAUUAGAAUGAUUUAUAUGAGAAUAUGGAGACAACCCCAAGAGGAGACACCAACCAAACCUGUUCAAGAGGAAUGCCCAAUGGUCGAAAAGAAUUCAAAAAUACAGGUUUUCCAUGACUAGUUCAUACUUAAAGAUAUGCCACAAUAAUUUGAUAAUUUAUAUAAACAGGAUACAAACAGUUUAUAUUUCGGAUGAGAAUUUUAACAACAUUGCCAUGUUGAAUUAUGUCCUUGCAAAGAAGAAAUUUUAAGACCCGACUCACAACACACGUACUGUCAUAAGGGUGGCACGGUGGCUUAGUGGUUAGCACGUUCGCCUCACACCUCCAGGGUUGGGGGUUCGAUUCCCGCCUCCGCCUUGUGUGUGUGGAGUUUGCAUGUUCUCCCCGUGCCUCGGGGGUUUCCUCCCCCGGUCCAAAGACAUGCAUGGUAGGUUGAUUGGCAUCUCUGGAAAAUUGUCCGGAGUGAAUGUGUGUGCGCCCUGCGAUGGGUUGGCACUCCGUCUGGGGUGUAUCCUGCCUUGAUGCCUAAAGACGCCUGAGAAGUUCGGACAAGCGGUAGAAAAUGAAUGAAUGUUAGUUUUUAUUAUAUUCUAUUAACAUUAUUAGGGCGACCCAAUGAGCAUCAUUUAGAAUCUAUUUUUCUUUUCACCGAGGGUAGAAAAUCUUGCUUACAUAAAUGUAUUAAAUCUAUUUCUUUUCAUUUUA